CUGAGCAAAUAAAACAACCUGGUGACAGCAGACUUAGCUCUCUGCACAAACUGGUACGGCACACAGAGACUGUUUUCUACUGAAUUUUAUUUAAAAUCUUUUCUUAUAAAGAAACUGCUGACUGGAUAUUUAGGAUGGACAGGCAAAAUGCAGAUAGUGCUUUUGAAGAUGCAAGAUAUGUUUCGCAUCCUCCCUAUCCUGUUGCACCGUACCCCCAAGGACAACCUUAUCCCGAUCCAUCUGUAUCUACCAAGCUGCACUCCACAACAUCUCUGCCUCAACAGCAAUUCCAUCCCUAUCAACAGGGAAUGGGGUAUCCUAACCAAGAUCAUUUUCAGUGGAACACUACUGGCCCUCAACCACCUCACGAAUAUCCAGUCUACUCUCCCCAGCCUCUGCCAUGCUACCCACCAGCAAACUCACCAUCAGCCUUCUCUAAAGGACCCCCAUCUGCAGAAGACGGACUUCCAGAAUACCAGCAUGGUUUUGAAAAUCAAACAGAAGAUUCUUUCUCAGACAAAGUCAUGCGAAGAGCUUUUAUCAGAAAAGUUUAUAUCACUUUGAUGAUUCAGCUAGCCAUUACAGUUGGAAUCAUCUGCAUAUUUAUUUACUGGGAAACUGCAAGAAAUUGGGUCUAUUAUCAUUCUUGGUUUUGCUAUGCUUUGUUUCCAAUAACAUUCGUCCUGGUUAUUCUUUUUGCCUGCUGUGACAAUAUCCGACGGAAAGUUCCAGUAAACUUCAUAUGCCUUGCCUUCUUUACAAUUGUGGAAGGUAUGAUGUUGGGAGCAGUUUCAGCGCUCUUUGGUGCAGAUGAAGUGAUGUGGGCAGUUGGAGCCACAGCAUUUGUAGCAUUUGGUCUGUCCUUGUUUGCUCUUCAGUCCAAAUGGGACUUCACAAUGGGACUUGGAAUACUCUGGGCAAUUUGUCUUGUUCUGCUGUCGUUUGGACUUCUCUGUGCAAUUAUACGAUCAUAUUGGUUGAACAUAGUCUACGCAUCUCUCGGAACACUGAUCUUUGCUAUUUACUUAGUGGUGGACACACAGCUGAUGCUUGGAGGAAAACAUAAGUACAGCUUGAACCCAGAGGAGUACAUCUUUGCAGCACUAAAUCUGUACCUAGAUAUUGUCAACAUCUUCCUUUUUAUCCUAUCAAUAAUUGGACUUUCUCGUUAACACUGAUAACUGACUUCCUGAAUGAAAUACUGAAAAGUAUAAAAUAAUUGAACUGAAUGCUGCAGCAUAAUAAAAUAAAACAAUAAAUAAAAAGUGCUGUUAUAUAUAUAUAUAUUUGUAUACUUCAGACUAUGCUCAUUACAUCACAAAACAAAAUUUAGAUUAUUUUUGCACAUUCUGCAUACU